CUCGGGCAACCGAAAGUGUCAGGUGAGGAAUGCGUCACUUAGUGUGCUAGCAGGGAUAAAAGCCAAGCGGUCUCAGGAGACUGGCGAGCUAACUAAAUAGGGAAUCUUACGUACGCAUUGGCAUCCGAAAUCAAUCAACCCCUUCCACCACAACCAACAUCGUCUCUUUCAUCAUCCUCCCCCAACCGGCAACCUCUUCCUUAGGCCGCAAUGGCGAUUUUGCCUGGAUUUCCGCUUCUUCCCGACAGCGAUGACGACGAGAAUGUUGUUGAACUACCGAGCGGGCAACUCGUUUGCUGCCGACACGCUCUUGUUGUCUGCGGUAAAUGCUGUGUUGAUUUCAGCUUCAUGACAGAGGGUGACACAGACGACGACUACGACGAUGAAUCCCAACCUGAUCAGGAGUCAAACGACGAGGAGGAUCCCAUGGAUCUGGACGCUGACGCAGAAUCUCCUCAAGCACCUCUCACGGGACAAAUGUUGGACAGUUUAUUGGGCCAGCCAAGGAAGCGAGGAACUGGCCGUGUCCUGCCUACGAAAUUCACCCCUCCGACACCUACCACCACUCCAUUGGCCUUGUUCCACGGGGUCAACACAUAUUUUUACUUUGCUCGCUACGUCCAUCGCGAAGACAGUUCCAAAGGCCUAAUCUUCACCGACGGUGCUUGUCUGGAUAACGGAAAGUCGAACCCCCGUGCCGGAUGGGGCUUCGUAGCGGGCCCUCCCGAGCUCAUUGGAACCUAUUCUUGUGGUAAUGUCCAAGGCCGCCUCGAAAGCAAAGGUCCCUUUGGAGACGACGGCGCUCAAACUAGUAAUCGAGCGGAGCUCCGCGCUGUUUGCGCUGCGCUUGGAUUCCGACACUGGCCCGGUGAGGGAUUCAAGACGUUGGUAUUUGCCACGGAUUCGGAGUAUGUGGUUGAGGGGGCUACGAAGUGGGUUCAGGGGUGGUUGAAGAAUGGAUGGAAGACCGCAAAGGGGGGGUCGGUGAAGAAUAAGGACCUGUGGGAGAUGCUGCUUGGUCAGGUGGAGAGGUUUGCAGAUUAUGGGAUGAAGAUUGAGUUUUGGAGGAUUGGGCGUGAGUUGAAUACUGUGGCUGAUAAGUUGGCGAAGGAAGGCGCUGCGAUUGAAGAUGCACCCAAGGACUACAGCCCAGUUGUGGGCAUUUGAUGUCGCACAUGCUACCGUACCCAUGCUCUGCACUAUAUACACUCAUUAAGACUAACUCCUCUGCCGUACACUAUAUAGUCGGCUCGGAGCUCUUCGGACCUUACAGACCUUACAACACACUCGUUUUGUACACAUAGUUUGGCUCUCGCCCAGGUGGCCUCGCCUCUCUCUCAAACCCCCGACUGCCCUUCGCGAGAGUUGUGAGGCAGGAGUAGGGGUCUACUAGCUGCUCACUGAGGUUGUACGCUUUCUUAUAAGACACGUUAUACUAUAUUUUUUUACUGUCUCUAUUUCAUAGAGGG